CGCUGGAUAGAGCGCGCUCCCGCGCCGGUUCUUGUGUGACCCGGAAGUAGUAGCCUGUGGAAUCUGCGCAGAGCGAGCAGCGUCGGCCCAGCUGGCGGCCUGGAGCCCGGGGAGAAAGUUACAGCCGGGAGUGGACCCUCCCGGGUUCCUGAUGGAGAGUCCUGAGUGACCGGACAACGGUUGGAGGCUAUUUAAGAAUUUGGUACGGUAUGCUAUCAUGGUACAUGACUGACGCCCUAAUGCUGCAGCAGAGGAUAUGGAGAUUAAUGGCCAGAUCUACUGAUCACAUGGUCUUCUAAAGAAGCAAUGGGUAGCUGUUGUAGCUGUCCAGAUAAAGAAGCUUUUGCAGAUAACCAGCAAAAUAGGUUCAAGGUUAUUAAUGUGGAUGAUGAUGGUAAUGAGUUGGGCUCUGGCGUGAUGGAGCUGACAGAAAAUGAACUCAUCCUGUACACACGCAAACGCGACUCGGUCAAAUGGCCUUACCUCUGCUUACGCCGCUAUGGAUAUGAUUCAAACCUUUUCUCUUUUGAAAGUGGGCGGCGGUGCCAGACUGGGCAAGGAAUAUUUGCCUUUAAAUGUGCUCGUGCAGAAGAGCUUUUUAAUAUGCUGCAAGAAAUCAUGCAGAAUAACAGUAUAAGUGUUGUAGAAGAACCAGUGGUGGAAAGAAGUCCUCAGACAGAGCUUGAUGUCCCAAGAACUCCACGUACUCCCACAACUCCUGCUUUUAGUGGUACAAUUAUACCUAAUGGAUAUCCACGUUACCCAUCUAUUGGUGAUGCAUCUUCACAUCCCUCUAGUAGACAUCCAUCAGUAGGGAGUACACGCCUUCCUUCUGUGGGAGAAGAGUCUACACACCCACUGCUUGCUCCUGAAGACCAUGUGCAUACAUAUGUUAACACGACUGGCGUGCAAGAAGAUCAAAGGCAACGUAUACCGACACCACUUGAGCAACCUCUUUCCACCGCUGAAGGAAGUGUAGCCCAAGGGGAGCCCAGUUCCAUUCCAGAGAGAGACCCCCAGGUUAUCCUGGAGCCUGAAGGAGUGAAGUUUGUUUUAGGACCAACACCUGUUCAAAGACAAUUAAUGGAGAAAAAAAAAAUGGAGAAUAUUGAGGAACAAGCUGUCGGAAAGGAUAACCGCAGUAGUUGCCCUAAUAGCACAGAGUGGGACACUGGUUAUGACAGUGAUGAACGCCGAGAUACCCCUUCUGGCAAUAAAAUGGUGUAUGAAAAUGUUAAUGGACUUUCUUUGCCUUCUGGGCUUAGGAGGGGACGUAUUCCACCACCUCUAUCGGCUGACGUCCAAAAUAUUAAUAACUCUGCCCAGAGGAGAACUGCAUUAAUAAACUAUGAAAAUUUACCAUCUCUUCCUCCUGUUUGGGAAGCCCGAAAAUCCAGUAAGGAAGAUGAUGACCUUUUAGGACCAAAGACGCCAUCUAUAAAUGGAUUUCAUAAUAGCCUAGACCCCAUGCAUAACUAUGUAAACACAGAGAACGUAACUGUCCCACUAAGUGCUCACAAGGUUGAGUUUUCUAGGCGUCGAGACUGCUCACCAACUGUUUUUAAUUUUGAUCUAAGACGCCCAAGUUUAGAACAUAGGCAGCUUAAUUAUAUACAGGUUGAUUUGGAAGGUGGCAGUGACUCUGACAACCCCCAGACACCGAAGACCCCUACCACUCCUCUUCCGCAAACUCCUACCAGACGCACAGAGCUUUAUGCUGUGAUAGACAUUGAAAGAACUGCUGCUAUGUCCAACCUGCAGAAAGCACUGCCACGUGAUGAUGGUACUUCUAGAAAGACUAGACACAACAGUACUGACCUACCGAUGUGAGCAGGUUACACCUUUUGCACCUUUUUGUGUACUUUUUACAAAAGACAAAUGCUUGUAUAAACAGAAAUGGGGGAAAAAAAUCUGCCAUUCGCAUCUUAAACACUAACACUAUUUCAUAGGUUUUAUUUUUAUUUUUUCAUGUGCUUUCGUCUAAAGGGAAUUUAUGUAGAGCAGGUACUCCUAAAUAAGGUUCACUCUACAGUAGUAGUAUGUACUGUAUAGUUGCAUAGCUGUAUUGCCUUUUUUUUACCUAUUUAAUUAAGUUAGGUUGCAGUGACAUGCCAACUUUGAGUUUAUAAACUUACUAGACAUUUGCCUAUGUUUUUGCAUCUAGACUGUUGCCAUUUAAAGCUAAAGAUAACUUUAUUUUUUGGGAUGUCAUUUACAGUAUGAAUGUGUGAAAUUAUAUACAAGUAUGUAUUUUUAUACUAACUUUUUAUAAGUCCAGAAUUUUGCCAAAUUUGUCGCACCAGCAUUUUGCAUUGAGGCCAUUGGUACGACUGUAUAUUUACAAUUUGACGAACGGAGUGUUAAAAAGUGCUGGCCUUCAGCCUUCCAACAUGCGACGUCACUCAAGCGUGUUACUUAAUUUUUUUGCACAUGAAGCACUAUUCAGACUAUUCUCCCAAAGUGGCUGUUGGUGUCUUAAUUUUCAUAACAGGCUUUGGGUGUAUAGGAAUCUAGUUCUAUGCGUGAAGGUUUGGUGUUUUUAGUUACAGUAUGUCAGGGUUGCAUUUAUAUAAUGCAGACAUAUAUACAUUUUGUAUAAAGGCCAAAAAUGAUUCCCCCCUUUUUUUUAUCACAUUGUAUGAUAUUGUAAGAUUAUUGUAUGUUCCUAAUUUGCAUUAUAAAUUCAAAUUUUUUUUCAUACUUAAAAGUAUAUAAACAGUAACUUUUGUAUAAAGGUAGUGUAGACCAUUUAGAUUUUUAUGAUAUGUAGAUGUGCAUUGCCAAACGUUCCAUGACAUUUAAAAAAAAUAUUUUGGGUUUAUAUCUGGACUUAACAUUCCAUGAUACUGUCUUGAUAUGUGACCCUUCGACUGCUAGGAAGCGCUCAGCAAGAGAAUUGGCAAUCUUUUGUUUCUACAUCAUGUGUUAUGCUGAGCCAACUGGGUGCUGACGGUUGUCUUUUCUUGGACUACCACAUUUUGCAGAGUAGCUUCUGCUUUUUGCACUGAAGGGUUCAAGCAAAUUAUACUAUGCAGACAACUUUUUUUAAGAUGAAAACUGUGUUCCAUUCUGAAUAGUUGCUUUUAAUUUAAUUUUGGUGUGCAUCAGGUACUGAUAUUGCUUACCAAAUGUUCAUUAAAAUAUAUAUUUUUUUGAUAUUGACUACAUUCUUCAUUUCAUUGGUGCCAACAUCAUUUUUGUAGCAUGGCAAUAAAAUACUGAUUACACAUGA